AUGGCUCAGGCUGCACGCAGAAAGGCGCGCCAGGCCGCUGGCGAUGUUCCGGAGGCAACGCCUUUGCUAGAAAGAUCGGCGAGAAAGACGGAGAAAGGCCGCAAUCAGCAUCCCGAAGGCAGAAUGAGCACCAGGAGAUUCCAGCCUCAGCCACCUUUGGAGAAGCAAACGACUCUCCGACUGCGAUUCCGACAGGCGUACUUUGAUCCUGGGCCCGAAGAGGACUGGUGGACGUCUCUUUCAACGACCAAUCCAGAUGGCGAGGGCCGAGGACACAAGCAGCUGAAGGAGAACACCGACAAAGAACAAGCUCGCCUGGGCUGGAUGCAGCGACUGCGCCCCAAGCCCCAUCGACGACUCUCUUAG